AUGAACAACCGCGCAGGGCCACCGACAUCAGGCUCAACAGACAAAACCACAACUGGAGCAUCUUCACAAGACUCAUUCGCAUACGAACCCCGACAGAACAAUGGACCUGGAGCAAGUGGCGGCGGUAGUGGAGCAGGAGGUGGUGGCUAUUACAUUCCACCAGCAUCAGAAUUGACAUCAUCCAACCAUGACCGGGCCUUGGGGGUCAUUGAUGCCGCUUUUGAAGGGACGGACCGCAUGCUUGACGAGAGGGACAUGAAAGCCUUUGGCGAUAACUCGGAGAGUAUCUUCCAGGAGCUGAUCAAGAUCCGCCUGAAGCAAUUGGCAUUGGCAGCGAAACAUAUCGAAAUUGAGACUGUGGCAGAGGACGACAAGUCCCUGGCACCAGACGGCAAACUGUUAGACGCAGCCGACAAGGAUGAGAUUGACCCUCUGCAGUUUGCACGAAAAGGACAGGAACUGCAGGUCCUCAUGUCCAGCCUUGAGGAUCUUGGUCGCUCAAUGUCCGACUUUCACGAACUCUCAAAUUCGACGAACAAGCAACCUUUCUCAUCAACCAACUUCUCCAGGAAGUAA